AUGUCUUUCUCUAACAACUCGAGCUGGGGACACCUUUUUGUCAAGGGCAGAGCCCUGGCCCUUUUUGUUGUUGGCAUUACUAUUCUGUUACUCUGCUUGAACUCUUGGACAGAGCUUCCCGUCAGCUCGAUUCAAAAUACCAUUUUGAGAAGAAGCACCGAGACCAGUGACACGGCUAUCUGGCAGCCAAAGACUGGAAUCAAAUGGCAGAUCCAGCUGGAAAAUGCCGUGGAAGACAUCGCCAUGGGCGCUGAUAUUUUCGACAUUGAUAUGUUCGACAACACCGCAGCGAAGAUCUCCGAAAUUCACAACAAGGGUGCCAAGGUUAUUUGCUAUUUCUCCGCUGGCACCUAUGAAGACUGGAGACCUGAUGCCAACAAAUUUACCGACUCUGAUUUCGGCAAUGCGCUCGAAGACUGGCCUGGUGAGCGAUGGCUCAACCUGCACUCAGACAACGUCCGCAAAAUUAUGCAGUCCCGCCUUGACCUGGCAAAGCAAAAGGGUUGCGACGGCGUUGACCCGGACAACAUCGAUGCAUAUGGCAAUGACAACGGUCUCGAUCUGACCGAAGCCGACUCUAUUGAUUAUUUGGACUUCCUCGCAUCCGAGGCCCACUCGCGGGGUAUGUCAAUUGGACUCAAGAAUGGAGGCGACAUCAUUCCGUCUGUCAUCGAGAAGAUGCAAUGGUCUGUCAACGAGCAAUGUGCGCAGUAUGAUGAGUGCGAUGUCUAUGCGGCUUUCACGGAUGUCGGCAAGCCGGUCUUUCACAUCGAGUAUGCUGAUGAGAUCGAGGUCAACAAUAAGCUCAAAAUUCGUGCUGUGACGAGCUCGCAGAAGUCCGCAGCUUGUGACGCGAAGAGUGCUGAGAAUUUCUCGACUGUUAUCAAGAAUAUGGAGUUGGAUGCAUGGGUUGAAUAUUGUUAG